AUGCGCAGCCUCACAUCUCGUCGCUGUGCCUACGCCCCGGCCUCCACCGUCUCACUCUUCUGCUCACUCUCUUUCGCCCUGCUCCUCUUCUCCACCAUCCUCCAGCCCUGCCACGCAGCCACAGACGUACACGCACCCGCACCCGCACCCGCAAUCGUAUCUCGAAGCGAAAAAGAUGAUCUUCCUCAGGGCCCCGUCUCCGUCGAACCUGAUCAAUUCUGGGGUGGCAUAGAUGGUUCAUGGUCCACCUUUGGCAUCCGCGUGGGGAAUCCGCCUCAAUUUCUGCGCGCCCUCGUCUCUACCGCCUCCCAGCAGACCUGGGCGAUCCAUUCCACCGCGUGCAUCGUGAACGAGACGGAUCCCAAGACCCAAAAAGAGGUGGAAACUACCGAUGAUGCCUGUUACGAAGGCCGGGGCUACACUUUCAACAUUACGCAGUCUGAAUCCUGGGACGAGAGGGGGUUCUAUCAGUUGUGGACGGAGAAAAACUUAGGUCUGGUCGGCAAUGGGCAAUACGGUUUCGACGAGGUGGGCACGGGGUUCCCUGGCGAGGAUGGUCCCACGGUCAAGAACUCGACGGUCGGCACGCUGGUUACGGAGAACUUUUGGCUUGGACACAUCGGCGUCAAUCCGAAGCCGACAAACUUCUCGGCCUUCACAGACCCGGCGGCGAGCUAUAUGACUUCCCUGUUCAAGCAGAAGGCCAUUCCUAGCGUGUCGUUUGGCUAUACGGCUGGGUCCAAGUAUCAUCUCGCUGAAGUGCUCGGAAGUCUAACACUUGGUGGAUACGACGCAUCUAGGUUCAUCCCGAACGACUUGACCUUUUUGUUUGCGCCCGACAAUGAACGCGACAUUGUGGUCGGUGUGACGGACAUCACAGUCAAUAGCGCGACCAAGAGCAACGUAAACAUAAUGGUACAGGAUCAAUUCACAAUGUACAUUGAUUCAACAGUUGCCGAGAUCUGGUUACCACCAAAGAUUUGCGACGCUUUCGAAGAGAGUUUCGGUCUCAAAUUCGACAACGACACCAAACUCUACUUGGUGGACGAUCUUUUGCAUCAGACAUUACUCGCCGACAAUCCCAAUGUGACAUUUAGUCUGGGUCAAAAAUCCAUGAGCAAUGCGACGGUUGACAUCACACUCCCCUAUGCAGCCUUCGACUUGACGGCGUCCCCGCCCUUUCGAGGACUGACACAGGCGCAAAAAUACUUCCCAAUACGACGGGCACAGAAAGAGAACCAGUUUGUUUUUGGCAGGACGUUUCUCCAGGAAGCAUACUUGAUAGUGGACUGGGAGCGCCAAAACUUCUCCAUCUCCCAGUGCAACUGGGUGUUUGGCGAGAACAAGCAGAUCGUGCCCAUAAUAUCCCCAUCGUACCCGCAAGAUAUGUUCGGAGCGCCCAUUGCGGACCCCAAACCUGGCCUCAGCAACAACGCAAUCAUCGGAAUUGCGGUAGGAGGAGGGUUUGCCCUGGCGCUUGUACUUUGCGGCGUCUUAUGGUUCUUCUGGCGGAGGCGACAGAAGAGGAGAUUGGCCGAGGUGAAGGCCCAAUAUGCUGCUGCACAGGCGGAAGCGGUAUCAAAACCCAGGCCGUCUGAGAAACAGGAUGAAGAUCCAUCGUCCCCGACCGACAAGGAAGAGGGCUCAAAUGUGUUUCCCAAGGCAGAGUUGCCCGCGGAAUUCAUCCGACCUGAGCUGGCUGGGGACGAGAAGCGAGAUCCUGACGCUGCCAGUCCUUCGUCAAUUCCAGCCGCCGAGGUCGCCAACACAGAACGUCAAAUCUUCGAAAUGGAGGGCGACAUUCCUACGACGCAAGAGGCUGGCGGGCGUCAACUUUCGGAAAAGGAAACGAUGAUGGUCCGCGAGCGAAUAUACAACGGCACCGAUCCGAACAGUCCUACAGCGGUCUCGCCCGUGGUUGACGAAGCGCCGCAUAGACCCCCGCCACUCUCUGCAGACGACAUAGCGCUUGUCAACGCGCAUAGGAGAAGAAUGCCGCCUCCAAGCAUAUCACCAACUUCACCGCGCACGCCUCUAGAUGGAGUCUUGCUGGAUGCCAACGAUACCUUCUUCCAGCCUCCCAGCGCUCGUGCGCCUCGGGAUGGACGAUUCAUGGAGGCGGAAGACACGCUCCUCUCUCCCAUAUCACCUCUGGAAGGCUCCACAGAUACAUCUCGACGGCGGUUUUCCUACGAGGCGCCAUGA